AUGAGCUCAGAAGUAAACGAAUGGUAUAAGGGCCGAAAGGUUUUCGUGACCGGCGCCCUGGGACUGAUGGGGAAGGUGUUGAUCGAGAAACUGCUAUACAGCGUACCUGACGUGGACUGCGUAUACGCAUUAGUACGGUCAAAACGCGGCAAGAAUCCGGAAACACGCAUUGAAGACAUGUGGAAACUACCUUUGUUCAAUAGAAUAAGGGAAGAGAAGCCUCAUGUCAUGAAGAAACUGAUCCCGGUCAUCGGAGAUAUAAUGUAUGAUGAUCUCGGUAUUGAAAAACCUCAAUUGGAAAAGCUGUAUAAUGAGGUUUCGAUAAUCUUCCAUUUCGCGGCUACUCUCCGACUGGAGGCGCCUCUUAAGGAAGGAUUGGAGAUGAACACGAAGGGCACAAUCAGGGUGCUUGAAAUGGCCAAGAAAAUGAAGAAUCUCGUUUCGUUCAUUCAUCUCUCUACGGCGUUUUGUUACCCCGACUAUGAAAGGAUGGCAGAAAAGGUGUUCGAUCCUCCGGCCGAUCCGCACGAGGUGCUGCGUGCAGCUAGCUGGUUAACUGAUGAACAACUGAAUCUCCUGGCGCCCGCAAUAUAUCAAAAGCAUCCCAACUCUUACACAUACUCCAAACGACUAGCAGAAGCACUUGUUAAAGAAAGUUAUCCACAACUGCCCACGGUUGUCGUUCGGCCUAGUAUAGUAACCCCAUCGCUUAAGGACCCUAUGCCGGGGUGGGUGGACAACUUGAAUGGGCCUGUAGGUCUGAUGGUCGGAGCUGGGAAAGGAGUCAUACGCUCAAUGCACUGCUAUGGACAUUACCAUGCCGAAGUGAUACCUGUGGAUAUGGCUAUUAACAGCAUCGUCGUCAUCGCCUACCAAACUGGGAGAGAAACGAAGAGGCAAUCAGAAAUCCCGGUAUAUAAUAUAACGACAGGCGACGACAAGAACACGACGUGGAAGCAAGUGUUAGACAUAGGCAAGGCGUCCGUUCGAAAGUUUCCAUUCGAAGGACCUCUAUGGUACCCUGACGGCAAUAUUCGACACAACAAAUUCAUUCACGAUCUCUGCGUGUUCUUCUAUCACAUAGUGCCGGCUUACUUUAUUGAUUUUUUGUUGUUUUUAUUCAGGCAAAAACGAUUCAUGGUGCGUAUCCAAAACAGAAUUUCAGUUGGUCUGGAAGUACUUCAAUAUUUCACAACGCGCGAGUGGUGGUUCGACACGAAUAACUUUAAAUCCUUAGUGCGUAUACUGAACCCCGUGGACCAGGAACUUUUCCCUAUGGACCUCACUGUCAUACAAGAUGAGCCUUAUAUUGAAAGCUGUAUGAUCGGUGCCAAAUUGUACUGCCUCAAGGAGAAAUUAGAAAACUUGCCAAAAGCAAGGCUUCAAAAUAAAAUCUUAUACGUUUUGGAUCGACUCGUGUCUUUAUUCUUUUAUCUAUUAUUGGUAUACUGGAUUGUAAGCUACUUCGAGCCAGCGAGAGAACUGCUUUCAUACGGGGGGCCGGUGGUCAGAUACUUGCCGCUUGUGGGCAAGGCUGUCUUCAAAGAUGAAGCUAUGUGA